AUGCCACUUCAAAUGAACAACAAGAGCUUUUCUGUCAGAAGUUGCAGCAGUGUUGUGUACUAUUUGAUUUCAUGGACUCUGUUUCAGACUUGAAGAGCAAAGAGAUUAAAAGAGCAACACUGAAUGAACUGGUUGAGUAUGUUUCAACUAAUCGUGGUGUAAUUGUUGAAUCAGCAUAUUCUGAUAUAGUAAAAAUGAUCAGUGCUAACAUCUUCCGUAUUCUUCCUCCAAGUGAUAAUCCAGACUUUGAUCCAGAAGAGGAUGAACCCACGCUUGAGGCCUCUUGGCCUCACAUACAAUUGGUGUAUGAUUUCUUCUUGAGAUUUUUGGAGAGUCCUGAUUUCCAGCCUAGUAUUGCAAAGCGAUACAUUGAUCAGAAAUUUGUACAACAGCUCCUGGAGCUUUUUGAUAGCGAAGAUCCCAGAGAACGCGACUUCCUGAAGACCGUUCUGCACCGAAUUUAUGGGAAAUUUCUUGGAUUAAGAGCAUUCAUCAGAAAACAAAUUAACAACAUUUUCCUCAGGUUUAUAUAUGAAACAGAACAUUUCAAUGGUGUUGCUGAACUCCUUGAGAUUCUAGGAAGUAUUAUCAAUGGCUUUGCAUUGCCACUGAAAGCAGAACAUAAACAGUUUCUAAUGAAGGUUCUUAUUCCUAUGCAUACUGCAAAAGGAUUAGCUUUGUUUCAUGCUCAGCUAGCGUACUGUGUCGUACAGUUCCUGGAGAAGGACACGACCCUGACAGAACCGGUGAUCAGAGGACUGCUGAAAUUUUGGCCGAAAACAUGCAGUCAGAAGGAGGUGAUGUUUUUAGGAGAAAUUGAAGAAAUCUUAGAUGUCAUUGAGCCAACACAGUUCAAAAAAAUUGAAGAGCCACUUUUUAAGCAGAUAUCCAAGUGUGUCUCCAGUUCUCAUUUUCAGGUUGCAGAAAGAGCACUGUACUUCUGGAAUAAUGAAUAUAUUCUUAGUUUGAUCGAGGAGAACAUUGAUAAAAUACUGCCAAUAAUGUUUGCCAGUUUGUACAAAAUUUCCAAAGAACACUGGAACCAGACCAUUGUAGCACUGGUGUACAAUGUGUUGAAGACCCUCAUGGAAAUGAAUGGCAAGCUGUUUGAUGACCUUACUAGCUCCUACAAGGCUGAGAGACAGAGGGAAAAAAAGAAGGAAUUGGAACGUGAAGAACUAUGGAAAAAAUUAGAGGAGCUAAAGCUAAAGAAAGCUCUAGAGAAGCAGAACAGUGCUUAUAGCAUGCACAGCCUCCUCAGCAGCGCCAGUGCCCCGUAGAAGUGGCCUGCACCUCUGCAGGGCGGCACUGUGUUGUACAUGUUUUAAAUACAUAAAAACUGCAAAGCAAACCUCAUCAGUAUAAUGUAAUUAAAAGGCCAAUCUUUUCUGGCAACUGUAAAUGAAAACGUAUAUGGACUAAACGUAGCCCUGUGCUAUAUCACGGCCGCAGUAUAUUGUAACCUUUCGUCUAAUCGUUGAUAUAUUGUGUCACUUCUGAAGUUUCACAAAAAUGAAUGAACUUUAUCAUCUAUGAGUGAGAUAAUUAUGGGAGUGGUAAGAAUUAUGACUUGAAUUCUUUGAUCGUGUUGCACAGAGAUCAAGUAGUCUGCUCUGUAUAUUUUUUCCUUCUAUAAUGUGCUUUUCACAUUGCUGCAAACCUUAGUUACAUCCCAGUACAAAGAGUAUUUUCCUAAAAUAAACUAAGGUACCAUCCUUCCCCUUCCCUUCAUCUCUCCCAAAAACAUGAGGUGGGUUCCUACCCUACACCCGCCUCAUCAGAAGGAAUUACUGUAUUCUGAAUUUGUGUAAAAAUGUCAAUCUUCAGUCUUUUAAAGCACAAAAUGGGCAAAGCUGGGACAGUAAACCAAAAUUCUUGAGAGUGUCCCUCACCAGUACCCGUUCACCUGCAGUGCCCCAGGGCGAACCCAGAUCAGUCUUGCAGGGCAGGUGGACACCGCUGCCGGUCCAUUCCUCUCCGCCGCCGCCUGGCACCCCAGGGAGGAGGCUUCAGGUCCCGUGUGUGGUGCGCACGGUGCUAGUUGUCACUGCCUGGCUUUAUUUAAAGGAAAUGCAGUAGGCUUCCUCCGUAGAGCACUGGAAAGUUGACUCCAGAAAGGUCUUGUAUGUUUUACCUGGUCGGGUAUUUCUCACAUCUUUUCUUAUCAGAGUACCAUUCCAAUCUCUUAACUUGCAGUUGUGUGGAAACUGUUUUGUAAUGAAAGAUCUUCAUUGGGGGAUUGAG